CCAGGCGCCCUGCUGAGAGGACAAGAGUUGAACGAGCCCCGGCAGCAAUUUUGACAGCGGUGAUUUUCUUUUGUGUCUCGUAUCACUGCAGCCAAAUAACUAUCCAACCAACUAACUAACACACUAACACUAUGGCGGGUGACGAGGCUCUUGUGGAUGUAGAACAGCUAAAACGCGACAUUGACUCUCAAAACACCACAUCAAAUUACAAUUGGAAAUUCGAAAACGGUCGCCGCUAUGCCUCGAGUGAACUCGGUCAUUACUACAUGCCCAACGACGAGCCCGAAAUCCAACGACUCAACGAACAGCAUUGGAUUCUCACACAGGUAAAAGGCGGCUCAUUACACUUUGCACCUCUCCCUCCAGCAACCGAAAAGGCCAGUCCCAAAAUCCUCGACGUGGGAUGUGGAAGUGGGAUUUGGUGUGUAGAAAUGGCAGAAGAAUAUCCUUCAGCCAUGAUAAUCGGCAUGGAUAUCAGUCCUAUCCAACCCGUGCAAAAACCCGCAAACGUCGAAUGGAUUACCCUAGACAUGGAAUCCUCAUCAUCAUCAUCAUCAGAAACACCCUGGCCCUUCCCCGAAAACUACUUCGACUUAAUCCAUCUAAGUCUCGUCCACGGCUGCAUCUCCAACUGGCCCACCUUCACCUCCAAACUCACCCACCAUCUCGCCCCAGGCGGCUGGCUCGAACAUCAAGAAUUCUCGCUGUGUAAACAAUACAUGCUCGACACCCACACCAACCUUCCCCUCCCCAUGCCCCCCAACCCCUCCGACUUGCUCCCCUUUUUCCGCUGGAACAAACUCAUGGAACAAGCCGGUCUCGCGCGCGGCAGACCUCUGCAAUUAGGCCCUCAACUCACUUCUUUCCAACGCGCCGCGGGUCUAGAAAAUAUUCAAGAGAGAGUUUUCGCGCAUAAAUGGGGUACGUGGAUGGAAGAUGAGCGGGAACGGGCACUGGGGGCGAGGACGAUGGUGAAUACGAUUUCGGGAAUGGAGGGGUUUACGACGGUGUUGUUUACCAAGACGUUGGGGUGGAGUUUGGAGGAUACGAGGGGGUUUAUUAAAGAGAUUAAGAGGGAUAUGAGAGAUGAUGGGAUUCGGAAGGUGGUGGAUUUGCAUGUGGUUUGGGGACAGAAGAGGAAAGAUGGGGGUGGGAUUGAGAAGGUUUUGCCGAGGGGGAGGAAUGGGGGGAAUGGUUGGGGUGGUAAGGUGGAACAGUAUGCUUCUCUUGGUACGGGUGUGGUACUUGGGGCGGUGGUGACUUCGUUGGUGUCGUGGUGGUUGAUGCGGAGACGAUGA